AGACACUUUGUUUCAGGGGAGAGUUCAUCACAAUCAUUUACAGACGAGGUGUGCGAGAAGAGAGCAACAGUGUCCGCUGGCUGCUUAAUCGAGGGGCAUUGAAAUAAGGAGGAGGACUUCAGGAUUGUACCGAAACCAGCCAGGAUUUCACGACAGACCUGUGUUAUUUUAAAGCCGCCUGAUCGUUAAAUCCGCAGCUGCUGUAUAAUUUGAAAUUUGAAAAGAAAAAAAAAAUCUGCUGCCUGGCGCUGCCUGUGCUUCAUUGAUUUGUCCGUCAAUUCUAGUUAACUAUUUUGUUGUAAACACGUCGUUUUAGUUCUCUUAGACAAACGCGACUAUAAAUAAAUAAAAAACAUAUUUUGUUGUAUUAUUAACAUGGCUCGCCGGCAGCAUGAUGUUCCUGUUUUAAGGAGGCGAUCGGGUUUGAUAACGCUGGUGUUAUAUACACUGGCAUUGCAAGCUGCCGACUCUCAGAGGGUGAAGGUGGAGCCGGAGGUUUCCUCGUUCCCGGGGCAGGACGUCACCCUGCGCUGCAGCUUCUCCGACCCCACGGGCGAGGUCAAGAAGAGUCAGGUGACCUGGAUCCGGGAGACCCCUGAUGGCAAGAAAGUGAACAUCGCCGUGUUCAACCCCCAGUUUGGAGCGAGUUACCCCGAAAAGAGCAUCGAUGGGCGCAUCGCUUUCCGGGCCCCCUCCCUGCAGGACCCCAGCAUCGUCCUGCAGCGGAUCACCAUGGGGGACGAGGGCAACUACAUCUGCGAGUACGCCACCUACCCCAGCGGCAACGAGGAGGGCACGACCAGGCUGUUUGUGUUGGCCAAGCCCUCCAACAACGCCACAGUGCUCCCGGUCCGAGCGGGUCCGGACCCCAUCGCCGUGGCGCGCUGCGUGUCGGCCAACGGCAAGCCUCCGUCCGAGAUCACGUGGGUGUCGGCGCUGCCGGGGAACAGCACGAGCUCCAUGGUGAAGAACAGCGACGGCACGGUCACGGUGACCAGCGAGUACCGAGUGACCCCCUCCGAUGCCUUCAACGGCAAAGACCUGAGCUGCGUGAUCCAGCACAAGACCCUGAGCCAGCCCGAGAGCUUCCUGCUCAAAGCGUCCAUAGAGUACCCCCCCCGGGUGGUGAUCUCGGGCUACGAUGAGAACUGGUUCCUGGGUCGAGAGGGGGUGGAGCUGCAGUGCUCAGCCAAGGCCAACCCCCCUGCCACCAGCGUGGUCUGGACAGCUCUGAGUGGCGUGCUCCCCGGCUCUGUGGAGGUGAACGGGCCGGUGCUGAAGGUGAUGAAGGUGGACUAUGAACUGAACACCACCUUCAUCUGCGAGGCCAACAACAGCGUCGGCACGGGCAAGGUGGAGCAGAACAUCCUGGUCACAGAGAGCCCCCCCCAGCCACAAGGCAGCGACCCGGGUACGGUGGCGGGAGCCGUCAUCGGCUGUCUGCUGGCGGUCCUUGUGAUUGCCGGGCUGGUCUUCUUCUGCUUCCUCCGUCGGAGAAAGAGGGACCGGGGCUACCGCGGCGGGGAGCAGCAGGGCAGCUACGACCCCAAGACCAGGGUCUUCGGCGGGGGCAAGAACGGGGGCAACAACAACGGGACCGUCUUCACCUACCGCGAGGACUCGUCGGAGGCUACGACUGAACGCGCCGCCCCGCCCCCUACCGCCCAGGACAUCCUGCUGAGCGGAGAGAUGGACACCCUGGAGAAGUCCAAGUUUGACCUGGAGGCGGACGAGGGUUACGACCGCUUCGACGAGAGCUUCGGGGAGGGCCGGCCCGUGCUGCAGCUCCGACCCGGCGCAGGGGAGGAGGAGGCUGGCUACGUGGACGACGAUAUGGAGUCCCAGAGAGACGGCUCUAUCAUAUCCAGGACUGCCGUCUACGUGUAGAGGAGAGGGGAGGGGGGGUGAAGGAUAGGGCUGUCAUAUCCAGGACUGUUGUCAAGAAGUUUGGAGGAUCGUUUUUUUUUUUUCCCUGGACUGUGUGUUUUUUUUUUUUUUUUUGAAGAAGGAAGAAGCUGUCUGGCUCCAGCUAAUUCAUGACUGCUGUGUAGAGAAGGAGGGCGGGGGGGUGAAGCAUGCCAUGUGUACUUGGGGUAGAUGAAGGAUCAAACACUGCUGCCGUGGGAUUCGAAGCUGCUGUUCAUGGGAAGAAGGGGAGGAGGUGCUGAUGAGCCAGGCUGCUGGGGGGGGGGUGAAGGGGGGGAUUAACAGGUUACAGGGCAGUCCUCUAAUGGUCCAGGUUUCCAUUUCAACCGAAUCCCCAACAGAUCCUCGGGUCGAACCACAAGAGACUUGAAGUUGUAAUGAAACCCGGUUUGCUUUGGUACUGCUUUUUGAAAGCUGGGAUGUCUAAACCUCUACCGCAUUCCCCUGUCCAAAUGCAACCACCUUUUUUCACAUGAUUCUGUUUCUGUCUUUGUUCUCUUACCUGUGUGUGUAUUAAAAAAAAAAAAAAAAAAAAAUCUAAAAUUAUAACCACUGUUCUAGAUUCUUUUCUGAUGGCCUUUUUUUUUUUUUUUUUUUUUUAAGAAAAAAUAAAUACAUAUCUUUGCAUCUCUGGAAGGCUGCUAUCAUUUCGCCACUGUGCAGGAGAGAGGGCUGGACUAGCACAAGCAAUUGUGAAAUGUUUAAAUGUGAAAGGAGCUUCAAAUAUCAUAUCGGUUGCUUUUAUUACCUUUUAAUAUAUUUCCAGUAUAUAUUCAGGCCGUUUUGCAAUCAUUCCGAACGGGUUCAGUUGCUCCAGAUUUCGAGUUGAAACUCUUCAGUUCAGGUUCCCCAGACAAGCAAACUCAAAAGCCUCCAAUUUUUUUAAAAUUUUUUUUUUUUAAAGGCAAAAAUCGCUUCCGUCCCACUUUUGAUAAAUUCCGCUUACUAACUCUGGCACACAGCGAGAAGCGAGCUGUCUGUUUUGGAGCUAAAAUAAUUUUGAUCUGUUUUGAGUGUAAAAUGUUCUGGGUUUAUUUCCUGGCUCGUUAUCGCGCUUUUUUAACUAGAACGCGUCACCAUAUCAAUUUAUAUCGUGUGUUAUUUUAUAUGUUUUGGUCUAACUGGUAUUAACGACUUCUUGUAAAUAGGGCUUCCCCUCUAGUAUAGCGAGCUCUGUAAAUCACAGCACAUUGUAAUAUGUACAUAAUUUAAAAAUCUCUUUGUUGAAUCACUCGUGUUUCUUGGAUAUAUAAACACACUGAGAUCCUUGUGGUCUGUCAGGCUCUCGUUAAGAAGUUUGACCAUUUAUUUAUAUAUAUAUAUAUAUAUAUAUAUAUAUAUAUAUAUAUAUAUAUAUAUAUAUAUAUAUAUAUAUAAUAUAUUUGUUCGAGGGAGUCGUUAUAGGAGCUUGGGACUCCGGGGAGAAAUAUUAUGAUAAUAAACCACAAAAUAACCCUGUUUUGCUUGUUGCCACGGUGACCACGCUGACGCAGACACACGACGGAUCUAACUCAGGGAGUUGCUGAAUUUCAUAGUGGUGGGGAGGGUGGCGAUGACUCGGAUUUUAAGGUUUAACCCCCUCCAGUCCUGUUUGUAACCCUAUAGCCUUGAGGUCCCGUCUUUUAUCCUAGCGCCGUCGCAAGCUCGCAGGAGUCUUUACAGGUCCCAGUCCGAGGUAGCGUGUAAUAUUUAAAAUAACUGUCCUUCGGGAUGAGACGUAAAAACCGAGGCAGUGACUCUGCAGCAGCAGCAGCUGUUGAUGAUGCAUAGUUCACCUCCCUAGUCUCUAAGUCGCUUUGGAUAAAAUGCAUCUGCUAAAUGAUUCAUUAUAAUAUAUACUACUCAGUAAAUCGUUCCUUCAGCCCUGCAGAAAUCAUUCAGGACUGAGAGGGCUGCACUAGAAGUAAACUCUCGUUUCUGAGCAUGAUGUGAGUUUUCUAGCAAUCCGUUUCAGUUCUGCCAGUAUUGAAAGGGAAGCGCUUGCCGUGCUGUAUAUAAUUUUAUAAACUCCCCUACAGCUCAGAUGUGAUGGCUAGUUUCGCUUCUUCAAUGAACGAUAUCAGGGCUAAGAAUAGAGUUUGCAUAUCCUUUGGCUUCAGUCACGAUUUUAAUUUUUACACACAUGCAUUGUGAAAUAGAUACACAACAGGGUACAAUUCUACACCGUGGAGGGGAGGGGGGUUCAGCUAAUGAAGUAAAAGCAGUUUUAAUUGUAAGCCUUCUCUGAAUGCCAUGUGCUUUUGUGAGUCUCGGUUUUCACUCUCGAAGCCUUUUCUGUUGUGGGUGCCUGUAUUCUGUUUAUAGAAGAAACUGAACUGUAUGUGUGUGUGAAACCAGGAAGGCACGAGGAAGAUACUGUUUCAGCUGGUUUCCUGUUCACUCUGAAAGGUGGCUGAUUCCAUGAUCAAUUAACAAAAAAUUCUGCUUCAUCUCAUUGAAACUGACAGGCAUGCAUAAAAUCAAGAUGACUUCUGCAUUUUUUUUUUUGUGGUUAAUAACUAAUCUGUUUUUUGUUGUUUUGUGAUGGAAAUGUUGCUUCUUUUUGUAUUUCGUCUGUCUAAUAUCACAAAAGCUUGUACAGAGUGCUAAUAAAUUGUAUGUAAUAUGAUAUUGUAAA